AAGAAAUUUAGGGAUCAUCCUGAGUGGAACAUUUACGAAAAACGAAUCAACAAGAUAAACACCAAAAAAAGAGUCAGCUUAUACAAUUUUUUAACGAAUAUCCUCAUGCCCAAGUGUCUGAUGCAGUUGAUGAACUCGCCAAAAGCUUUGAAGGCUUUAGUCUGAAAGAAACUGUAGUCGGAAAGUUUAUAUCCACCGAGUGUAAUUUAAGUAUCAAAAAAAGCUACUUGUCAUCCAGUCGCAAGAAACCAAAGUGCUAAGAUUAUAGAAAGAUAUGAAUGGGUUGAAACUUGGUCAAAAAACUGAUAUGAACUAUACAAAAAAUUGCAUUUUCAUUGACGAAAGUGCAUUUGACAUUAACAUAAAACCGUCUACAGCAAGAUCUACUCAACUCGAGGUACUCCUGCUAUUGUUACAACACCUUCAGCUAAAGCAGUUAGUCAUACUAUUCUUGGUGCAAUCUGUCUGUUUGGAGUAGUCAACAUGGAGAUCUGUGUGCAUUUGAACCCCAAAAGAAUACAGUGCGUGCGGUCCCAAAUGGCGCUUUUUCUAAAUCUCAAUAAGCGUAUAAAAAAUUUCCAAAUAGCGUAUCGCGAAAAUCAAAUGGCGGCAUAAUAAAAACUUUUUAGAGUAUCAUAUUGUUCCCUCAUUAAAGUGGUUCUUUAUUUCUACAGUUCUCAAAAUAUCUAAUAGAAUGCUCUACUGACUUGGUUAUUAUCUCACGAGGUACUUCA